ACACACAGACUCACAUCACUACUUUGUAGAGAGGUUUAAUGAAUCCUUCAAGACGAUCCGUAGCAGCGUAGCAUCUGACGGACAGAGACGCUCUCUCAGAAACGUCCAGAAUUUCAGUUUCCUCGGGGCCUAUUUGCUGCCUUUGUUGACUGUUUGGAAGUCACUUCUUGCACGCUGCUCGUUGACUGGCCCUCCUGCUGGCUGAUCUGCUUUGCAGUAUCCUGGGCCUGCCGUGUCAUCUGCACCGCUGUUUCCAGGGGCCUAUUUGCUGCCUUUGUUGACUGUUUGGAGGUCACUUCUUGCACGCUGCUCGUUGACUGGCCCUCCUGCUGGCUGAUCUGCUUUGCAGUAUCCUGGGCCUGCCGUGUCAUCUGCACCGCUGUUUCCAGUAAUUUGAAGACCCUCAAGCUCCAAACAGAGCCCUGAACCACAGCACCAAUGAACAAAAAGAAGUCUGCCAACAGCAUGGACGUAAUGGAUAUCGAUCAACAAAGUCAUCAGGAACAAUUAAUUAAUUAUUGUCCAAAAAAGCCUGCUCAAUUUGUAUAUAAAGACUUUAGGAAAGAAUUCACUGAUGACUUUGAGGCUUUAUGUUGGAGUAUUUUUUCUCCUAAUAAAUACGAUAAAGUAUCCAUAGUAAAAUAUAAAGAUAUUUAUAAGUUUCCAGAUAAGUACAAGCUAAUCAUUAUAUAUGAUUUACAAUUAGAAUGGGGGCAUGACAUCAAUGCCUACAUCUGGAACGGAUUUAAUUUACUUUCCCAAGAGGAUGAUAUUAAUAUUAAUAUUAAAUUCUUAGACAACUGCUAUAUACUUCAGAGUAGUGAUGACAUCCUGAAUUUGAUCACACACUACGCAAAUUUUGGUGAAAAGGAUCCCAAAUACAUCAUGAUAAACCGCUGGAUUUAUAAACUGUAUCCAAAUAAACUUUAUGUAUUUCUUGUAGGAAAACAGUUAGACAUUAUAACAGAAAAUGCAGAUGAAAUAAGAUCAGUUAUUGAAAAUCUGUACAAGAUGCUCACAUACAAAAACAUGCGUGAAAAAAUCAGGAGCAGUAAAGGGAAUAAUAAGGAUUUGAAUGAUGUGUAUGAUGAGUACGCUCACUACACCAGAGAUACUUUACAAGGCAUCUAUACACACAGAUGUUUAGAUCCCAAUAAAGAAGCUUGUUUUACUACAUACUUUAUAGCAACAAUGAUUUCAGAGUCUAUACGAAACUUUAGGUCCUUUAUCACCACACUAAUGAUUUUAGAUUUGAAUCUCAGCCAAAAACCUGAAUUUCUUGAAUUUCUUUUAGAGAAGAUUCCAAUGGCGAGAGGGGGAAGCUGGAUAAACUCAGAUAAACGAGGAUUUUAUGGGGCAAGUACUCCAGUCUAUGGGGAAAAAAAAAAACUUCAAAAUCUUUCAAUCCUAAUAGAGAAUGAAGAUAAAAUCUUUAAAACAUGGCUUUUACACAAAGACAAAACAGAAAUUGAUACCGAAAUGAUUAUCUGUCUCCUCGAGUUGGUGUACGGUAAACUCAGACUCCGUACUGAUCCUUCACUUCUAGAAACCUGCAUCACAAAUUAUGUACAUUUUAAAGAGGAAAUAAAAUCUAAAAUUUCCCCUGAAAUACUGUGACUAUGAUUACGGAUAUUUUUAGAAUAGGCUUUUUAUUAAACACGUACCAACAUAUUGUGACAAGGUAUGUAGGGGGAUUGACGCCAUUUAUUUUGAAUAUCUUUAUUAUAUUGUUUUUUUUAGGGAGUUAGGUAAGAAAUUAUUGUAUUUUAUUUUCUUUCAUUUUGUUUUAAGUAAGAAAGAGGUAUUUUGAGGAAGAUUGUUUUGUUUAUUAUUUUGGCCUUGUCCUCCCCUGAAGCCUAAAUCCUUGUCUACUAGUGAAUAAAAGAUUGUGACAUAUAAUCUCUUAUUUGCCCAUUCUGUUGCGACCCUAGAGGGGUUU